AGACCAAGGGAAAACUUAAAAAGACCGAUUUAGUCCCAAAUAAAAAUUUGUAAAAUGAUUAUUACAAUAAAGAAUCUGCAGCAGCAAACGUUCACAAUUGACUUUGAUCCAGAAAAAACGGUUUUGGAGCUUAAAAAUCAAAUCUUUUACGAACGUGGUGCAGAAUACCUUGUGGAGAAACAAAAACUGAUUUAUGCUGGCGUCAUUCUAACAGAUGAGCGAACAAUUAGUUCGUACAAAGUUGAUGAAAAAAAGUUCAUUGUAGUGAUGCUCAGUCGAGACAUAAGCGGAACUAGCAGCAACACAAAUGCAGAUGGACAGCGAAAGCAGCCCAACGAGCAAAUGGAAGGCUCAACAACUGGAAUUGAUAAGAAGCCUGUUCUACAAAACGCGAUUGCAUCCUCAGCCGAGAAGGGAAUAAUUAAUAAUAAUAAUAGGUCAARUGAUGUUUUAGGAGUCGAGAUAGAAAGAUCUGGAUCAUCAUCUCAAACUCAAAUAUCGACUGCACCUGAAGUUCCAAUUCCAGCUGUUACCACGGCCAUAACAACUGAUUAUUCUAGUAUUGACUUGGUUGGUGAAUUAGCCAAUGCCUCACUACAAUCGCGCGCCGAAUCCAAUUUACUUAUGGGCGAGGAGUUCAAUAGGACCGUUGCAUCAAUGGUCGAAAUGGGCUAUCCCCGAGAUCAGGUUGAGCGAGCAAUGGCAGCUAGCUUUAAUAAUCCCGAACGUGCUGUCGAAUAUUUAAUAAACGGCAUACCGCAGGAUGAGAAUUUAUUGAAUCCAGGUGAUGAGGAAGAUCCGAACAGAGUGGAAACGAGUCAUCGUCAGGGUGGUUUGACGGCGGAAUCGGCAGCUGAUCCAUUCGAGUUUUUACGCAGUCAGCCACAAUUCCUACAGAUGCGCUCCCUAAUAUACCAAAAUCCACAUCUUUUACAUGCUGUUCUGCAACAGAUUGGACAAACAAACCCAGCUCUUUUACAACUUAUUUCUGAGAACCAAGAUGCGUUUCUAAAUAUGUUAAACCAGCCUCUUGAUGAGGAGGCAGCCGAUAAUGCUCAACGUGCUGGUCGGACACAGUCGUCGAGUCCAAGACGAACAGAGAGCACGCCCACAACCAACCCCAGUGAAGAGGCGACUGCAGGAGGUCACCGUUCUGUUGCUGGCUCCGAUAAUCCGUCGAUUGCAAUCGCCCCCGAAGGCGAUGAUUCAGUUGCAACGGGAAGAAAUAUACAGGCAGAAAACCUAGCAACUAUUCGACUAACCCCGCAAGAUCAAGACGCUAUUGAGCGGCUGAAGGCGCUUGGAUUCCCGGAAGCGCUUGUUUUACAAGCUUAUUUUGCAUGUGAAAAGGAUGAGGAACUCGCUGCUAACUUCUUGCUUUCGUCCAGUUUUGAUGAGUAAAAUAACCUAAAGCUAUAUAAGUCGUUAUAAUAAA